AUACGCAUCUCCUCUCCGGCAAUGAGCGGGUAGAACCUCUUCAACCGUCCGGAAUGAAGAAGGCACUCUCCAUGCUCCAGGCUUCUGAAGGCUAAACUGUCGCGUGACUGUAGACACCACCAAAAUGUCCCUCCCUCAGGCGCUCAACGCGAUCAACAAUGCCGAGAAGACCGGAAAGCGCCAGGUGCUUAUCCGCCCUUCGUCAAAGGUUAUUGUUAAGUUCCUUACCGUCAUGCAAAAAAAGGGAUACAUCGGCGAGUUUGAGCAGGUAGACGAUCAUCGCUCUGGCAAGGUGAUUGUUCAACUUAAUGGACGUAUCAACAAAGCUGGCGUCAUCUCUCCCCGAUACAAUGUACACCUAUCCCAGCUUGAAAAAUGGGUUGUGAAGUUGCUUCCUGCUCGUCAAUUCGGGUACAUCAUCCUCACCACUUCUGCCGGAAUCAUGGACCACGAAGAAGCCCGUAGACGCCACGUAUCUGGCAAAAUAAUUGGGUUCUUCUAUUAGCUAUGGUCAUCUUAGAAGAUGAAUGGUGCAAAAACCUUGGACGAGUUUGGCAUUUACUGGCGUUUCGGGAUGAAUAAUGGCUGUUUCUUCACAUGAGAUCAGAUCUCUAAAAUGAUACCAUAGAAUGAAAAGUAGUGAAAUUGAAUCUUAAUCAGCGAGGAUGCCGACUAAAUGCAACAUACCGUAGGUUGGAACAAGUGC